AAAUAUGAGCAUGGCUUGGUUUUUUCAAAAAAACUAGUCUCAACUCCAAAAGUCCCCAACCCCAACCACGAUCUGCUCACGCCGCAUCUGGAGCACUUUACGAUGGUAAUUCGAACGUAGUAAUUGCUUUUGAUGUGAACUAUGAAGACUAUAACAAAGGCUAGGGAGUUUCGAUGCAUUGAGUACUUAUCUUCAUUGCGGAGAAGUUUUUCCUUUUCCUCUUCCUCUUCCUCCCAUUCUCGUCACUUUCAAUUUCGCAAUGAUAAACGGAAUCAUCUGAACCCCAAAGACCUUGUCAGCGAGGAUAACAAAUUUGAAGAAGCCGUUGAUGUUUUAUGUCAGCAAAAGCGCGUCAAGGAAGCGGUUGAAUUGCUCCAUCGUACUGAUCAUCGACCCUCCGCGCGCGUGUACUCCACCCUCAUUGCCGCUUGCGUUCGUCACCGCGCUCUUGAACUGGGUAGGAGGGUCCAUGCCCACACUAAAGCUUCUAACUUUGUUCCAGGGGUUUUCAUUUCUAACCGUUUGCUUGAUAUGUAUGCCAAAUGUGGGAGCCUCGUGGAUGCCCAGAUGCUGUUUGAUGAAAUGGGUCACAGGGAUUUGUGUUCUUGGAAUACCAUGAUAGUUGGUUAUGCCAAACUUGGUCGCCUUGAACAAGCUAGGAAACUGUUUGAUGAAAUGCCCCAGAGAGAUAACUUUUCUUGGAAUGCUGCAAUAUCUGGUUAUGUCACCCAUAAUCAGCCUCGGGAGGCUCUGGAGCUGUUUAGAGUGAUGCAGAGGCAUGAGAGAUCGAGUUCAAAUAAGUUUACCUUGUCCAGUGCCUUGGCUGCUUCUGCUGCCAUUCCUUGCUUACGUCUUGGGAAGGAAAUUCACGGCUACUUAAUAAGAACUGAGUUGAACUUGGAUGAAGUCGUUUGGAGUGCUCUGUUGGAUUUGUAUGGCAAGUGUGGGAGUUUAGAUGAAGCUAGGGGAAUUUUUGACCAGAUGAAGGACAGAGAUGUUGUUUCAUGGACUACCAUGAUUCAUAGAUGCUUUGAAGAUGGAAGAAGAGAAGAGGGGUUUUUGUUAUUCAGAGACUUGAUGCAGUCAGGUGUUAGACCAAAUGAGUAUACGUUUGCUGGAGUUCUAAAUGCAUGUGCUGACCAUGCUGCUGAACACCUGGGAAAGGAGGUUCAUGGGUACAUGAUGCACGCAGGGUAUGACCCCGGUUCAUUUGCUAUAAGUGCCCUUGUUCAUAUGUACUCAAAGUGUGGGAACACUAGAGUUGCAAGAAGGGUGUUCAACGAGAUGCAUCAGCCUGAUUUGGUAUCAUGGACUUCUCUAAUUGUUGGGUAUGCUCAAAAUGGUCAACCAGAUGAAGCACUUCAUUUCUUUGAAUUACUACUCCAAUCAGGUACCAAGCCUGAUCAAGUAACCUUCGUUGGUGUCCUUUCAGCUUGUACUCAUGCUGGAUUAGUGGAUAAAGGGUUAGAAUAUUUCCAUUCAAUAAAGGAGAAACAUGGAUUGAUGCAUACUGCUGAUCAUUAUGCAUGUGUUAUUGAUUUAUUGGCAAGAUCUGGCCGAUUCAAAGAGGCAGAGAAUAUCAUUGAUAACAUGCCCGUAAAGCCUGAUAAAUUCCUUUGGGCAUCCUUACUUGGAGGAUGUAGAAUACAUGGGAACCUUGAAUUGGCUAAAAGAGCAGCAAAAGCAUUAUAUGAGAUAGAGCCCGAGAAUCCAGCUACCUAUAUCACUCUGGCUAAUAUUUAUGCUAAUGCUGGUCUAUGGAGCGAGGUAGCCAAUGUUAGAAAGGAUAUGGACAAUAUGGGGAUAGUGAAGAAGCCAGGUAAGAGCUGGAUUGAAAUUAAAAGACAAGUGCAUGUGUUCUUAGUAGGAGAUACAUCCCACCCAAAAACAAGUGAUAUACAUGAAUUCCUAGGAAAACUCUCAAAGAAAAUAAAGGAAGAAGGCUAUGUUCCUGACACGAACUUUGUGCUACAUGAUGUGGAGGAGGAGCAGAAAGAGCAAAAUCUUGUUUACCACAGUGAGAAGCUUGCUGUUGCCUUUGGAAUAAUUUCAACUCCCCCAGGAACUCCAAUCAAGGUUUUUAAAAAUUUAAGAACUUGUGUAGACUGUCACACCGCCAUCAAAUAUAUAUCAAAGAUUGUUCAAAGAAAGAUAACAGUGAGAGAUUCAAAUAGGUUUCAUUGUUUUGAGGAUGGAAGCUGCUCGUGUAAAGACUAUUGGUAGCACUCCGCUUCAACAGACAUGCCAAGCAUUGAGUGAAUUGCUGUCUUUGAUCCAUGGUUCUGACAGAAUACACGGCCUUUGGUGUAUUUUCAUUGGUCAUAUUCUUUUUCCUCCUUUCCCUAUCAUUUAAAUGGUGUUGCUUUCAAGCGAAAUUGUUGGAUGCCCCACUGCAACCAGAUAUGAAAUGUUCAAUAAGAUUGAGAUCUACAUUAUGCAGGAACGAUCAUAGAGAGAUCUACAUUAAUUUAAAUGGCACAAUUUCUGUCAAUCUGCCAGAUUCAUUCAUCCAGAUCAUUCAUUUAUUUCCCCCCAACAAUUAUCUUCGGGCUACAAGGUAAAAUAAGAUGACCGAGUUGAGGAGCAGGAAAGUAUGGAGGUGCAUUGAGUGGACAAUUGCUUGUGACUAUUCUCUCCGACCCAAAAAAACAUCUUCAAUCACAUUCACGAGCAUGGCUGUUUUUCUUCAUUUUGAAAUUUUUUUAUACUGAAAUUAAGCUCUUUUUUUUUCUCCAAAUGCAAACGUUUUCAGGUUGAAGCACAAACAAUGAUUUAUUAUUCAAUAAAAACAAAUGUUUGAUUA